UAAGUAUCUCACGUGGUGUGGUUUCGUAAAGAGGGGAAAAGGAACAGAGUAUUCGAAACCUUGAAAUUAGGGCUUAUAACCGAUGAUGCUACGUCUUUUUUGUCAUCCAGAUUUCCUCAGAUCAACUUGACCUACUUCUUGUGGUUCGAUUCAAGGAGCGACUUUAUCGGAAUUUCAUAAGGAGACAAUCGGAUUUUACCGGAAGAUACGGUAGUUAUUAUUAUGCAUAUUGAAGAUUUGAAGAAGGGUGUUGGUGAGUCAUCAGGGGAGAGUGGUGGUUUAUCGGAUUCUAAAAGAGUUUUGGUAGGAGCAGGUGCUCGUGCCUUGUUCUACCCUACUCUUCUAUAUAAUGUUGUUAGAAACCGAUUCGAGCCCGACUUUCGUUGGUGGGAUCAGAUUCAAGAGUUUCUUCUGCUAGGUGCUGUGCCAUUUCCGUCUGAUGUGAAACGGCUCAAGGAUCUUGGUGUUCAUGGAGUGAUUACCCUCAAUGAGCCGUACGAGACUUUGGUCCCUACGUCUUUAUACAAAGCUCAUGGUAUUGAUCAUCUUGUACUUCCAACACGGGACUACCUAUUUGCUCCAUCACUGGAUGACAUAUUUAAAGCUGUAAAUUUCAUCCAUGGUAAAACGCUUCUCAAACAGGCUACGUAUGUUCACUGUAAAGCUGGUCGUGGACGCAGCACAACCAUUGUAAUAUGUUAUCUGAUUCAGCAUAGGCAUAUGGACCCGGAUGCUGCCUAUGCAUACGUGAGGUCAAUCCGGCCGAGGGUUCUAUUGGCAUCCGCUCAGCGUCAGGCAGUGGAGGAAUAUUACCAUCUGAUAGUGAAGAAGAUGCAAUUUCCAAGCAAUAUCUGGUCUGGCAACAGCAGCCAAAGUUGUAGUAUGAUUUGUAGAUCGCCGAGGUUCUAUCCAGCGGCAGCAGAUGUGUUCACAUUUGAUGAUGGCUCGGUAGUUGUGAUAGCUAAAGCUGAUCUUGAUGGAUAUGAAUAUGAAGAUGAAAGGCGUGGUGGCGGUCGGCAAAUCUGGUCAGGUGUGAAUUUGGUUUGUCGGGUUGGAGUUGCUACUUUGGCGAGAUUUUCCAGUUUGUUGCACAGCAGCAACAAGAUUUCAAGCGUUCGCUUUGUAACCAGGGAGGACAAAUACUCUUCGAAAACUGGUGUCAGCAUAAACAUCCAUCUCUACUAGAGAAAAAAUAUCACUGGUUUGUGUACAUAUUCUUGCUGGCAUGUAUUAGCAAAACAUACUGAUGUGUUCGUUUAUACAGUAUUCUUGUAAAUACUACCAUAUCAUAAUAUGUAUAUAAGUAUGACACAUGAGAGUUUGUUUGAAAUCUCAAUAUUUCAAUUACAUUA